AAAAAAAACGCUUCAUAUUAAAUUUUAUUUAAAAGCAUAUUAAAACAGCAAUAGACUAGGUUAGUGAGACUAUUCGAGUAGUAAUCACACUUGAAAGCAUUGAAAAUGUUGGCUGGAAAUAAGAGAAAGAUGAAGAAUCAGGGAGGAAAUCCAGGACGAAAUAAUCAGCGUAAAAAUUUUCAACAGCAACAAAAUUUCAAUGCUCCACAAUUAAAUGAUCAAAAUCCGGGCUAUAUGGACUUUAGUAGCAAUAACUUUAAUGAACCACAUCAACCAGCUCAAAGGCAACAAAAUAAUAUGAACAAUAAUAAGAGGAAAAAUCCAAAUCAGCAGCAACAACAACAACAACAAAACAACCAGCGAAGACCGAAUCAGAAGAAAAACUUCCAGAAUGGAGGUGGAAAUAAGAAUAAUUGGAAUAAUCAGCCACCUCAGAGACGCGGACCUCCACAGCAAAUGAUGAAUCAACCAAAUCAGUUUUCACCACCUCCAAUGCCAAUGAACCAGAGAAUGCAGCAAUCUCCAAACUUCAGGAACAUGCGAAAUGGUAUGCAAAUGCCACCAUUUGGACCAAUUCGUCAACCACCUAUGAUGGGAGGUCCAAUGCCACCUAUGCCUCCAAUGCGCGGUCCAAUGAGACGACAAUUCCAGAAGUUCAAUCAACAGAAUAAAAAUAACAACCAGAAUAGAAAGAAUCCCAAUUUGACAAAAGUCGAUAAACCCAAGAAUCGUAAGCAAAACAUGAACAAGAGGAAUGCAGGCAAUAAGGGCAAGAAGAAACAACGUGAUCCAUACUCUUUGGAAGCUCCAUUUGUUACCGAUGAAAUUAAAGCAGAACAUGCCAAGAAAGAGGAGAUUUUGGAGAGUAUGAAAGGUAAAGGAAAGAACGAUGAACUUUUUGCCAAAUUCAAGGAACAACGUGAGGUAUUCGUGAAAAAGUACGAUGAAGCUAAGGCUGCAUAUCAGGCUGAAAAGAAGGCUCAACGGGAGGUUGCAAAGGCCGCAAAAGCUGAAGCUGCUGAAAAGGCAAAAUUGGAAUCAGAGGCAGGUAAAGAUGAGAAAAUUGAGAAUGGCGAACAAUCGUCAGCAGUGACAACAACACCACCAGCAACAGUCGAAACCGCAGAAAACACAGUCGAAACUUCUAUUAAAAAGGAGGAAAUCGAAAUUACUACGAAGAAGGAGGAAGAAGUUGCUGUUUCUGUAGCUAAUGUUGAAGAGGUCGCAGGACAAGCUUAAAAAUUUGUAGCUAAGAUAAGAUGUAUUUUGUUUAUAAUAUUAUACAUUUUUAUUAUUUCCUUUGUCGUGUCUUAAUUAUAUAUUAUAAAUUAAUUAAAUAUUCGAAGAACUCCUUAAUUUUAAUUUUAAUUUCCAACCAAGUUUUAGUAUUAGUGUUCAAUAAUUGAAUGAACGAAAGGAUUUUCUAACGAUUUUUAAUAUGAAAUAAUAAUAAUAAUAAUUGAGAGAACUUAAACAUUUUUUUGGACCCUCUUAUUUUCUUUUUCAAAAUAAUCAUAAUUAAUAAUGAUAAAAUUUCUUUCUAAAACAAUUUUAAAAAUGAUGAAAAAAGGAUUAAAAACUUAGUAAAAUAAUAAUAAUAAUAAUGAUAGAAAAGAGUAUCGUGUAAAGUUUUAGAGCAUUCUCGGUAAUUAUGUUUAUUAUCGCUGUAAUAAUCUUUAUUAUAUUUAAUAUAAAUUUUAGAAGUUUUUCUUGUGGCAGAAAAAGAGUAAUAAAGUAAAAAAAAACAAUUGAAUAAUUAAGGAUUUUCAAUGAAGAACUCACAUAAACUCAUUUAUAAUCUCAAAUAUUAAUUUCAAAUAAAGCGUAUUGUAUAAACUUGAAUGAU